UUCCUACGAUACCCCUGAAACAUUCCUCUUACUUUUGUCAGCCCUCUUGUCAUUUUCUUUAAUACGUUGUCGUUCGUUUUGUCGUAUAUUGUAAGAAAGAAAGAGUUAUAAUACGAACCCUAAGAACAAUUAUACCAGUUUUCCUCAAAAUUUCCUCAGUUACAGUAGUUGAAAUUUUUCAUGAUCGGAAGAGUGUUUCCUUCAAGGGAAGUUUCAUCCCUAAGCCGAUCCAAAGAGGGUGAAAACUCUUUUUUCACGAUUCAGUUAAAUAAAAAGGGUAUGAUCACUUCGAUGGAUCCGUUGUCUUUCUAUUAUCGUUGGUUCAUUCAGUGGUUGUUUAAGUGAAGGUUGUUUCUUUUGUGAGACCGAAGAGGAGAAAUGGCGCAUAGAGUAGAACAGGAUUACGAUUAUUUAAUUUGUUCAAGAUCGUGUUGAUAGGUGAUUGAUUCCGGUGUCUGUAAUCUACACCAGAAAUGAAUUUUUUCUUGGAGUCUAAGUCCACUAUUGGUGUUGAAUUCGCCACAAGAACUCUUCAGGUUGAAGGAAAGACUGUAAAGGCUCAGAUAUGAGACACUGCAGGGCAAGAGGGGUACAGAGCCAUCACAAGCGCAUUUCUUGUCUAUGAUAUCACCAAAAGACAGACUUUUGACAAUGCCUUAAGGUGGCUACGCCAACUAAGAGACCAUGCGGAUUCCAACAUUGUGGCUACGCCAACUAAGAGACCAUGCGGAUUCCAACAUUGUGAUGAUGAUGACUGGGAACAAAUCCGAUCUAAACCACCUGAGAUCGGUCGCUGAGGAAGACGGCCAGAAUCUAGCAGAGGCAGAAUGUCUAUCUUUCUUGGAGACGUCUUCUCUUGAAGGUACAAAUGUUAAAAAAGCAUUUCAGACCGUGUUAACAGAGAUUUACCACAUCAUCAGCAAGAAAGCUUUGGCAGCUCAAGAAGCAUCAGCUGCUAACUCUUCGAUUCCAGGGCAACGAACAACGAUAAACGUUGAUGACACAUCUGGAGCUACUAAAAGAGGUUGCUGCUCUACUUAAUUGCCUCUUGAAAACUUUCUACUUCUCUCUCUCUUUUGUUUUCAAAUUUUUUUGGCUGAUGAAAUGUAACAAUGCAAGAGCAUGUAGAAUACUUCUCUUCAACUACUCUUGUCUUACCAUCUUUGGUGGGUUUGUGUUAAAAAAAAAACUAAACAAAAAAAAAAUAACAAAAGCUUGUUAGUA